AUGUCCAUGCUACGAAGUGCCGCAUUGACGCUGCUGUCCAAGACCCUUCUGACAUUUCUCUACAAGUAUCUUUCCGAUGUGGACGUGGAUGGAGUCGAAAUGCCCUCGCUCUACAGCACGGACGGCCACGCUUCUGGAUGGGGUGUUCGCCUUAGCAACGUCAAGCUGCGAGAAGGUGCCGAGCUCAUGAUUUUGCCGGGCACUAAACGGAAACCCAAGCCCAAAGAUGCCAAUGCCAAUAAUGAGAACAAUAAUGGCACUACAACGGAUGCAGUAAUAUCCAAGGACGCAGCAGAAGACGCCACCGAGACGGAAAAUGCCGAACACGACAAAAACGAGGCGGAGUUGAUCACGCCUUUGCAUUGCAAUGGGAACCGCAAUAUGGUAUCCAUAGAGGAAAAAGACAAGGAGCUACUAAUGAAGAAGUAUGGAAUUGCCAACGCUCCGUCCACGGAGGAUUUGGAUGCAGAUUUGGACGAAUUGGUGGACGAACUGGACAGGAGUAUCGCAUCAAUGGAUGUGGAAAGUAUUACACGACCAGACACUCCCGUACAGGACAGCAGCAUUGGCUUCCUGUCCUGUUUUGCUCAUUCAGAAGCCGACAUUAAAAAACCCAAAGUAGAAGAACAGAGAGAGCAAGAUGCCAAUUUGUCAUCCGAAACACCGUCGCAGGAAGAACGGGAAGACGAGCAGACUCGACCUCUACUCAGCCAACACGCCAACAAUCACCAUCAGGAGUCUGAUACGCAAAUGAAUGGGCAUCAUCACCAUCAUCAUUCUGAAAAUUAUGUGCUCGAUAUGGAAAAGGAGGCAGAUGCUGUCAAACAGGGAAUUGACGAUCAACUCCCAGAGCUGGCUUCCGAAGAUGAUAGCGACGAGGGAGAAACGGAUUCACCACCACCCUCCACAGAGGAUGAAAAUGACAAUGAACGUUCGUUGCCUCCCAUGGCACUCUGUAUUGGAGAGGGUGGAUACAUUGGGACUUUGGAUGUCCGUCUCGUGGGUCGUGAACUCCACGUACUUGUGGAAGACGCCUUUUUGGCAUUGGAAGCAGUUAGAAAAGACGAGGAGCCAGCUUCCAAUGAAAAGGGAGACGGCACGCAAAAAGCAACCGCAGAUGCACAAACGGGGGAAACGGAAAAGAAACAAGCAAAUGCAGCACCAGCUGCUGCUCCAAUCAAUAUUGAAGAGCUGAAAACAACGGGAGAAAGGGUCCUGGCGUCAAAUCCAUUGCAAGAAUAUUUUCCAGUGUCCCCCAUCUAUUCUUGCGCGACAUUGUGUGCAAAGGAUGAAGAGGACGAACAAGAGGAGGAUAUACCCACCAAAGACGACAGUGCAGACGUGGUUGUGGAUGUUGGCAUUGGGCUACUGUCUGUUACGGAGGGAGAAGACUUUCUCACGCCUUUCAAUACGGACGAUGCAGCACAAGAAGGUCAACAACCGCCAAUCACACCGAUCAAAACCCAGACGAGCAAAUCAGGGUCUUCGCCUGAUAACGAAUACAUGGAACGACGGAUACGAACAGGAAAGGGUGCUGAUGGUGGUAUUUGGCUCAACGUUCUGACCCCCAAACGCGAAAAAUCUGCUUCUUGGAGGCCUCCACCGCGCACGCAACAAUACCAGUGGGCUCGGCAAGAGUGGCUUGAAGCAACCAGACACCGUGUACUACAGUGUUCUGGGCUCGACAUUCAGGCUCGAAUAUUUCUUGGGACUAAGAGGGAGCUCGCCGAGGCGAAUUCGUCUUGGUAUUCUACCGAGCCGGACACGUAUGAAGGCAUAGACCAUACUUUGUAUGGUUUUGAUCACGUCGCUCCAGGCCCCACCCCAAACACUCUCCCUCCCUUGAACACAGCAGCCUCACAUGCGACAACGAGUCGUAGUUCGGAUGAGGGGGAUGAUCAGGGAUUGCUGAGGUCGCAAGUCUACAAAACAGAUCGCAAUGGGAUCCAGAGCAGCCAAAUGGAGAGUUGUUUCUUCCGAGUAGCAAGAGGGAUGACGCCAGCACGAUGCAAGUUGGAGCAUCUGCCGUGUGAAAACUGCCUCCGUUGCUGGAAACAAACAGGAAAGAUCGAAGAAGGAAACUCCAAUGAUUUCCAGAUCCUGGAUUCCAACACACCCAUGCCAGGAUUGGCCCUUUCGGUUUCACUGCGCGAACCACUGGAACUCAACGUCGAUCGACUCUCCCUUGAUGGUUUGGGACUUGUCAUAAGCCUCUUCAAGAAGAAAGAGCAAGAAAACCCGGAAACUGUCGAUACUGCAAAGGAGGCUGAAGUUGAACCUGAUGCCACUGAGGACAAUCCACCCGUAGCAGAAGUCGUCGUUGAGCAACCUGAACCGAGCCGAGGGUAUUUUUCCAGCCUGUUCUUUGGAAGCACGUCCAACAUCGAUGAUACCAAUGAAGGGAGCUUCUUCCCUAGACGACGAAAAUCGAUGCCGCUACCGCCAGCAUUCCCUGCCUACAUGAAGCCCGAACACGUUCAGAUACUGGGUGUCUUCGUCGCCGAGAUUCGUUUGCGGGUACAUGUAAUGCGAGCAGACGACGGACCGGGACACAAUGCAGGUCUUUCUUUCAUGUAUUGGGAUGCAAAACUGCAAGGCUUGACAUUGGAUCAGCAAAAGCUCACCGCUGAUGAGCACAAGAAUUUCCAGGAUCUGAGGCUAGACUGUGGUCUGCUAUCACUCGACGAGUUCAAAGGAGUUCAAAAGCAGGUCUUGAUAUCUGCUGGUAUUCCUCCUCCGUCGCAUGAUGGCGGCAUUGCGACACUUGCUGAGUUGACUUCUAUCAAUCGCGGCCAACGGCCCCCUUGGCCGACGACAGCCUGCGCCCUGCUAGAUGUUCCUGCGACGGUCGAGUCCAUGGUCUACGAGUCGCGCGAGCGACAUGGAAUUCAGCUGAGACUGCUGGAAGUUUGCAACCAGCCAAAGACAGAUAGUGAAAGCUCUCGCACUCUUAUCAAUUGUCAGCUCGGAGCGUUGGAAAUCAAUCUUCCUUGGCCAGUUGCUCCUGUGUUUGCAGGUAUCAAGACAGAAGUCAUGCAAAGUCUUGGAUUGGGUAAAAAAGCACCAACGGAUGCACCUCAGCCGGUUCCAGAACAAAUGCCCAAGAAGGACACAGCCACUGAAUACAGAGCACAACUGGGAGGAGGCAGAGUGCGACUAGGAUCCAUGAUCGAUAUUCGCUUGCCGCUGACAAGACUUGCAGGCGACAUUUGCCCAGAAUCUGGGUUCUCCGUCGAGACACUGUUAGACAAAGUAGAACUCUCGUAUGGUUCGAGCUCCAAGAAGCUUGUCCCCACCGCUGGCUCCAACCGGGGGGUCUCCAUGAAACGUGUUCCAAACCUUCCAGAAAAAGUGAGGCUUCGCGUUCUUCUCUUCUUGGGCGGGCACGACCUUGAUCCGCUGGAGGAGGCUCUUGGUGUGAAAAAGCAGUCCAACUCUUUCUUGAGGUGCAAUGCCUUGAACAAAGCUCUUGGAAAGCUGGCAGCCAAACGAGGGAAAAAGAAGACCCACGAACCCAAGUCCAACAAAAUCCAAAAGCUGAAUCGUCGACAGGAGCUCGUCAACAAGAUUCUCACUCUGGACGAUGAUGCUCUUGAAAACCUCUGGUCAAGCCACCUCAGGAAGCAAAGAAAAGGCAAGAAGGCAAAUGGUGCCAAGAAAGCAGGUUGA